GGGAAUUGGAGAGCAAGCGAUUCUAGCGCUUUUACGUCAUCACCCAUCAAGCUUUUACGCCGCGCCGUGUUGCGUUGGGCGGCACCAACAGUUUCCUUCCGAAACAUAUCCUCCAGUGUGGUAUUAGACAUCUUCUGACGGCAGUACUCGUCCGUCCUGCAACAGCUUCAGGUUCGUCAGCUCCCGUGCAUUCCAUUUGCCAACAACCCGCAGGGGUCCGCCCGUCCUAACGCCCAGCUGCCGAAGCCAGGCUGCUGCGCCGUUUCCCAGCUCCCCCAUUCGAGCUGAACCGAAAGAUUUUCGAUCCAUUCUGCUUGCAACCCCCCCUCAGGACGGCAUGUCGGGCGCGUACGGCGGCGAGGCUACCAGCUACAACAACCCGCAGUAUCGUCUCCCUCCUCCUCCGAAUUCUUACCAGAUGCAGCCGCCGCAGAAUGGAUACUACAACAACAAUGCGCCCCAGCAGCCCAAUGGCCACAAUGGUGGUGGCCAGUACGCCCCACCAGCAAACCCGCCUCCCCAAAACCAGGCCGAACCCAAGUUCAACGACAACUACGGCGCAGGGGGGCCGCCCCCGACUUUUGAUGAGGUCUUCCAGGUGCAGAAGCCGAAAUGGAACGAUCUCUGGGCUGGCAUCCUGUUCCUCAUCACCUGUGCCGGGUUUGUGGCUAUUUCGGCCAUAUCGAUUCAGGGCUACGCGGCCACACGGCGAGAGAACGGGGGCGGUCUCAACGGCCAGGCCAACAACUUCGGACUGACUACGCACACCAUCUACCUGUUUCUAUGGGUGCUAAUAACAGCAAUCACGCUCAGCCACGGCUACAUCUGGCUUGCCCGCAUGUUUACCAAGCAAUUCAUCUGGAUCACGGGCAUUCUGAACAUUGUGUUCGGCCUCGCCACUGCCAUCUAUAUGCUGACGCAGAAGUACUACUCGGGCGGCAUUGUCUUCAUCAUAUUCUCCGUCUUCAUGAUUUUUGCUUUCAUAUCCUGGAUUCCAAGGAUCCCCUUCAGUGCCCUGAUGCUCAAAACCGCCAUUGACGUCUCCAAGAACUACGGCCAUGUCUACGCCGUCAGCGCAAUUGGAGGGUUCUUGGGGACGGCGUUUGCGGCGUGGUACUCGGUUACUCUGGUUGCCGUCUAUGUCAAGUACGAGCCAAGCACGAACAACCCUUCCUGUAACCAAGGUGCUGGCGGUUGUGGCAGUGGCAAGGUCAUAGGUCUGAUUGUCUUCAUCACAUUUGCCUCAUACUGGAUAUCGGAGUGGCUCAAAAACACGAUUCACACAACCAUCUCCGGCGUGUAUGGCUCUUGGUACUUCAAUUCUCGCAACCUCCCGACCAAGGUUACACGUGGUGCGCUUAGACGGUCUCUCACCUACAGCUUUGGCAGCAUCAGUCUCGGCAGCUUGGUUGUUGCCAUCAUCAACAUGCUGCGUCAAGUGUGCUCCAUUGCUCAGCAACAGUCGGCCGCAGACGGGAACAUCGUCAGCACAAUCCUCUGGUGUAUCCUCGGUUGCCUCAUCGGUCUCCUCGACUGGGCGGUGCAGUUCAUCAAUCGCUAUGCCUUCUCCCACAUUGCUCUGUACGGAAAGGCAUAUAUUCCCGCCGCCAAGGAUACCUGGAAAAUGAUCAAGGACCGGGGCAUUGACGCUUUGAUCAACGAAUGCCUCAUUGGCCCUGUCUUGAGCAUGGGCGCCACCUUUGUCGGCUAUGCUUGUGCUUUGCUGUCCUAUGUCUACAUGGUGUUCACACACCCAGCCUACAACUCAGGUGGCGGCUUUACUCCUGUUGUUGUGGCUUUCUCCUUCCUUAUUGGGCUGCAGAUCUGCAACAUCUUCACGACUCCGUUGAGCAGCGGCAUCGACACGAUUUUCGUUGCGUCAGCCUGGGAUCCUGAUGUCCUCAUGCGAGACCACCCCGACCUGUACAACCAAAUGGUCCAGGUCUACCCCCAUGUGCAGCAGGCUAUCCAUGCUUGAUUACCUAGACCUCAUAGACCGUUGAAGGGUAUGGAGCUUAAUUGGUUGUAAUUGGGGUUCUUUUCUGCAUGAGAAUGCACGCCGCUCUCGUCACCACUUGGGUAAUAACCCAGAAGUAGUCUAGUAAUGAAUUAUUGCAAUAAUCGCACCAAAUAAUAAAUGAUCAAGGCCGCGAUCGAGUAACUCUAGAUCGCCGACAUGUGUCUUUGUAUGAUAAUCUAACAGUGUCAGUCGGUAGGAAACUAGGUGUCGCUGAUACUCCCUCUUUUGAUCUGACAGAGACGUAGAGAUAUUCUUCGUUCCUUCGGUAUCACUCUAUCGGUGCCGUUCGAUUGUUCGACUUUUGUUGUACCGCGGCAAGUGUUUAACUGUUUUAUUUUAGUUAUACGUGGUGAUUAAGCCAUUUCAUUUUGGUGAUAGCUAACUAUAGAAGUCGCUACUUGAGUACACGAAAU